GCUGGCAAGACACCCACUCUCGAUCCUUUUGGAAAUCAAGCGAUUUUCUCAGUUUUAAUCCGGGUUUUCCAUAGGAAAAAUCCGGUUAAUAAUUUUGUGAAGUACGACGGUCCGGUGGCGCGCGGGCGUCAAUAUCGAUUUGAAUCUGACUGACUAUUUGCAUGACAUAAAAUAGAAUAGUUGUUUUUACAUGAUGCAAUUAUUAGCAUUUAAUAUCAUCUACCGUAUAACAAUGGUUGAUCUACAAAUAAACGUUUUGAUUUGCAAUAUAUUACUGAAAUGUUAAAACCUGUAUCAAAAAACUAUUUCUUUGAAAUUUUUGCUUGAUAUAGGAUUGUCAAAUGCUGAACUACAAGAAAUUUUUAAUCAGUCAUCUUCGAUUUAUGACCUUAUUUUGACAUCAAUAAUUGACGACCGCACAAUACAGAUGGUACAAGUAAUAUGUUCUUCUGCAGUUAUUAAGUGAGAUACGUAAAAGGCCAAGCUCCUCCCCCUCCCUCCAUCUACGCACUAACAAAACAUUUUUAACUUAUGAUGAUUAUAUUGAAAGCGCUGUACAUACAUAUAGUUGAGCCCCGCGCUCCCAAAGACGUAAAGGCGACCAAUUCAAUUGAAUAUAUUCAAUAGUGUUUACCGAUCUCCAAGGCUGACACGAUAUGUACUGCAUACCACCAAAAUGCACACACGACUUCUUCAUGUUCCUUGUAUUUAAUUAAAAUUCGAGUUGUCAUCAGUGAUUUAUAAGUUAACUUGUCAGUUAUGAUAUUAUUCAAUGUGUGUCCUAGUUUCAAUUUCAGGUAUAACGUAAUUUUUCAACCUUUCUGUUAAUAAUUUCCUGGUGGGGAUAUGUAACUUUUUUAUAAGCAUGGUAAAGACUGUUUUUUUUUGUUCCAAUUUUAGUUACUGAUUAUUUACACAUUAGGUAGCUAGAAUUUUAAAGAUCUGUACAUAUGAGGUUCCAAAGGUUUGAGUGUGAUGACCGUUUCAAUGCAGACUUUUAUCUUGUUUUUUCAUUGCAUCGUCUGUUUGGAGGCUGUGAGAGGAUAUGUUUACUACCCUACUUUAAGCAGACAUUGUAUCCCGUAUCUUAAUUGUGAACCAGGUAAUGAGAUACAACCUUGUACCGACAAUUACAUGCACGAUCUAUGUAAACCCUGUAGGUCAGGUAUGGUACAGCCCGAAUUGAUCUCCUCCACUGGAAACAUUAGUAAAUCUUUAUGUUUUCAACCAAGAAGCGAAUGUCUUGCAAGAGAUUUAAUACACAGCCGCACGGAAAAAGAUGUCUUUUGUAACAGUUUGAAAGGGUGCAAAUGUGACACAACAAAAUGUUACUUUGGGGAUCCCUGUCUAUGUGACAGCAACAAACCUUGUGCAGUAGGACACACAAUGAAUGAGAAAGGAGUUUGUAGCCCAUGUCCAAAAGACACCUUUAAAAAUGAGACAGGAUGCGGACCAUGCAGACGUAAAAUUAGUGUCGACUUCAUGCCUAAGAAAAACAGUCAAUCUUUACAAACUGAACACCACAUGAAUUCGGAACCACAACAACAGCUAUCGACGGACACUUUAAUUAAAGUUUCCAAGUUAAGAAGUAGUAAAGCCGCACAGAAGGACAAUUCAAAGAUGUUUAUUAUUAUCGCAGUACUUGGAGUGUCUCUGGUAGUAUUGUCAGUUUUCAUCAUGACUAUAUGUAAGCGAAAAAAGGGAAUAACCUUAUCUGGUAGCAUCAGUCUUACAGAUGGAAAAAGACAAGACAAACAACGGGAUGGAAGACGCAUUCCUCUCCAUGAUCAACUACCUUUAUUGCAUGGAAAUCAAGGUACACAACAAGACAAACAACCGGAUGGAAGACCAGUUGCUCUUUGUAAUCACCUUCCUUUAUUGCAUAGAAAUCAAGUACAUACCAUAGGAAAUCAGACUCUUGACAGUUACCUAAAUAAUAAGUAUCUGCCAGCAUAUUCUACUGAAGGAAGUAAUUCGGACCUGAUUUCUGGAGUUUCAGGUUUCAAAGAUCUGGACCAUGUUGGAUGGGAUGGAUCAAUCGAGGAACAAAUUGACAAUUUAAAACUGCAAGUAUUUUCGAUUAACUCAGAAGGACAUCAAACAACCUUACAAAGCAACAGACGUACUCUUCGAAAAAUACCAACUGAAUCAGAGGACAAAAAUUAUGUGGCAACGGUUCCGAUGUCUGAUUUGGAUAAAAAGGACGAAAAUUAUAACAAUGUCUCAUCAAAUAGUGUCAUCACAUCAGGGAACACAGAUGCUGAUGAACACUUUGGAUUUGCGUAUCAACAGAAAAGUAUGCAUUCCUAUAUUCAGCAAGGAUCUGUCGAUGAACCUGCCAAUAACAGCUAUUCAAGUGGAUACAAGUCUAGCAUUUUAAACUACGCCAUGGACAAUGAUGAUCCAAUUUCCGGAAGCUUUAUCACUAUGCACUCCCCUGUCUUUGAUAGUUUGGCAACAGAAGAAUUACCAAGUUCAAUUGAAACCUAUACAUUCAACAUGAAUGGGAACAACGGAUUCUGAACACCAACUAUCCUACAAUGUUGUGUCAUGCUAAAGUCCAGCAUUCGAUUGAAAACGUUUGAAAACUGCUUUAAACAAUUUUGUUGAUUAUGCCAUACUGGUACAAGAAAGUUUUUAGCGCUUAUGUUGUUUGCUUUCUUUUAUUAAAUCUAUUUUGUUCCAGGUUCCCUUGUAUUGUUUACGAUAAUUUUACGAAAAACAGAAGGAAUGUUAGAAUAAUCACAUAUAGUUCAUAGUUUUAACAGUUAACCAUGUAAUAACGCAUAGCAAGAUUACAGGAAGUACCAAUCAUAAUUGGAAACAAUAUGUAUAAUCAAGAAUACCAGACUUUGUGCAGGCACAUCGUCUUGGUGGGUUUAACAAGAUUAACGUGCUCCCAAACUUCCCAUUUUCAAAACUGGAUCAUGUGUCAUCAACAUUAAAACCUGCUCAGUAUAGCUACCAAUGGUUGCAAGAGAGUAGACAGUUAGAUAAUAGUUCAUUUGUGUUAAUUAGUAGAUAAUCUGUUGUUAACUGUUAGCGAUAACAUUUAUUGAAAUAUAGUUGUGUAAUGUAUUUAAUUGUAAAUACGAGAGUAAAUAAAAUAAAAUUGUUGUAA